AUGUGGAAAGCUGUGGUACUGGUGGCGUGUCUGCUAGUGGCUGGGGUUCAGCCCAUGGACAGCCCAACAUAUGGGGUAAAGCUAUGUGGCCGGGAGUUCAUUCGGGCAGUUAUCUUCACCUGCGGAGGCUCACGAUGGAGGCGGUCACUCAGGAGUUCAGAUGUUUCAGAGGACCCAUUCAGCUCCCGCCAGGAGGAGUCUUUGGAGGGCUUGAGUCACCAUCCUGUGGUAGAGAGUCUCCUCCAAAGCAAAAGUGAUCUAAGCUUCACAAGUAGGAACGACCAUGAGGGAGUGUUUAGCAGGCCGGCACGUUCUUUCAUCAGUGACGAAAUCCUGGAAGUCCUACGCAAGGCUGACCGCAAGGGCCGGGACGUGGUGGUGGGCCUGUCUAAUGCCUGCUGCAAGUGGGGCUGCAGCAAGGGCGAGAUCAGCUCCCUAUGUUGA